GGCCGAGUGGUGAUGUAGGAAGUUAAAAUAUGUUAUUAAUGGAUGGAUGUUACGUCAUCGAUGUUCACAACCGUAAAAUCCGGGUUGAGCGACCAAUAGUUUUAUCUGACAUCCUGACGUUCCCCAAAUCCUGAGUCACGUCGCACCUUUCAUUAUCAGCAUCAAAAGUUUCAAAACAGAUAACCGCCUACUCAGUUUCUUGUGAAUAGUAUCUGAAAAUCGAAACAAAAUGGGUUAACCUCUUUUUAUAUUUAGCUGAGAUGUUUUUCACCUCAAAGCGGAUAUAGAUUUUUAUAAUUAAUAAUGUGGCCUUGCAUAAAAAUAGCAAUGACUUAUUAAACAGUAUUUGAUUUUCAUUGAUGAAAUAAUAAUAAACUUAUUCAUAGUCAUAUUUGUAUUCGACCAGGAUCACAAACUUUUGUUGUGGGUUGAAGUUUUGUCAACAAACUCUAGAGUUAUCAGUAACGCACAAUGGGAGACUGCAGUGGUCAGAGGGUGCUUGUGGUGCUAGUUAUUGUGUUGUCUGUAGUCACGGCGAUAUUGAUAGGCGUGUUGGUAUGGAGAGAAACAAGGGAAGAAAAGAAGACCGAGCUGACAAGCGAAAAUAUAAUAAAGGCGUAUCCUAGUAGCUUUAGAACCCAAACUGAACAAAAUCUAUAUCUGCGAAAAUAUAUAGAAGGAAUUGAAAAUAGGACAAAAGUUCAAAAUGUUACAUUUUCCCAAAAUGGAACGUGCGGAUUUUCUUGUUUUAAAGGGGAAUUUCCUGCUAGACGCCGGAGAGAAGCGACUGGUGGUGUGUUACAUGGAUGCUGCCAGUCGUCAGUACAGUUUGUAUUUCCCAGUACAAAAGUAAAUAUAUUCGGCGUGAGCCGUACUCUGCUGCAGCUCAGUGAUGCUAGACAGUACUUCGCCGAACAUCAAUGCGCAUCGGUGGCUAGGUGUACUGGAUGCACGUGUUACCGAGAGAACAACUUACACACAGCUGUAGUUUUAAAGUCACACAUCAGUGAUAUUGACGACGCAGAGUAUGUUGAAGAUACUGAGACGGACUUCUUUUAUUUUGACGGAUGUUGCAAGUGUAUUAAUACAUAAUACUAAUAUGAUUUCCAUGGCUUUCUACGUUUAUCGAUGGACUUCUAUUUUAUUUGACAGGUGUUGCAAAUGUGUUUAUAAAUAAAUUAAAUCUAACUUUCAUGGUAUCUUUAAUAAAAUCGACACACUUUUGUUUUAUCGGGUGUUGCAAAUGUAUUAAUAACUAAGUUAAAUACAACUUUCCUGGAAUGUCUAACUGUAUUGACGUAUUCAUAAAAAACUUAAUUAUAAUUUUCUGUCUUUUUUUUGUUUGGUGGCAAAUGUAUAAAGGUAAUUCUGCACGUUUGAUAAACACAAGUCAUAAUUAGUUUAAUGCCUGUUACUUUUAUAAACAUUAAUAUUGAAAGACUCUUUUGUCUUUUGUAAUAAUCAAUAUGCUAAAAGUUUUUAAAAAUACACCAAAUUUCGCCCAACUGUACUUAAGUUCAGUGCAUGAAUUUAUUAUGCUUGUAAAAAAUCUAUAAGAUUUUAAACAUGAAGGUAUCGGACGGGUAAUUUCCGUAUUAUUACCUUAUCUCCGUACCCUUCUUCGGUAUUAUUCGUCUGUUAAUUAAUAUAGCUCAAAGGCAUACAGACACUAAAUAGGAAAAUAGCGCAAAAAAUGGUAGUCGCAUAAUGGCGGAUACAAAUAGUCCUCAGCUUUUUUGCUAUGUAAAGCUAUUUUCCUUACUUUCGUUGCAAUGUUUUUGCUAACAUCACAUGGCAGAUCUAUGCUUGACAUGUAGGUAGCAUUUUCUUAAUGAAAUAACAACAUAACAGAAUUUUUCAUGGAAAUUUAGAUCAUACAUCACCACUACUAUUUGGGGUCUCAUUUUUUAACUGAUUUUGCAGUUUGUGUGUUUGACUGAAAAUAUUUUUCUUGCAUCAAACAUGACCCCCACUUUUCUUUUGAUUUUUAUUCAGCACUGACAAUAUUCUUCAAGAAAAUGUAAGUUAUAGACAUUUAAAAUGGGUCCUGAUAUGUGUUGCUGCCAUUGGAAAUAUGUCAGUUUUAUAUAGAAUAAAGAAGAACAGCUGUUUAGUGUGUUGUAACCUCAAACAAGCCAGCCGGAAAGUUUCGUAAUAACUACGGAAAAUAGUUAAUAAUACAGAAAUUUCCAGCUAUCUUCUACCAUAAUACUAUUUUUACUGGGUCUUUUACUUUUGCGUUUUUAAGUGUAUUUUAUAUCUUUUGGAGCCGGUGUCAUUGAUCUACAUGUGUUAAUUUUUGUGAGAUUGGAGUUUUUUAUCAAUUAUAUGUGCAUGAAUAAUAAUUGACAUGUCAUAUAAUGAUUAUAUUUUUUCAUUUGAUUAAAUGUAUAUAUUUCAAAUUAUGCCUUUAUAUGACUUGGUGUUUGUUCCGUGAAAUAUUACCCGUUGAAGACUAAAUAUAAAGUGGAAACCUAUAGAGUGAA